AUGUCUCUUGGUCGUCUCAAGUGCAGCACUUGCGGUUCAUCUCUACACGAGCUUCCGCUCCUAUCUUUCGAUGCAUCUGCCACCCCACCUCAUCAUGAUCUCUUGACCGCGAACGAUCAACCCCGACAACAGGACGUCCAAACCAUCGAGAAUUGCGUCCAAGAUCAUGAAUCCAAAGCAUCCGAGCUCGAUAAACUGCUUAAAGAUAUUAAACAAGCGUGCCAGCUCGUUGAUUCUCGUCGUCAAGCACACAUAAAACUCGCAGAGGCGUAUAAGGGCACUUUGUCUGCGAUUCGCAAAUUUCCCGCUGAACUUCUGGAGGAAAUAUUCUUGCUUUGUGUCAGGUCGUGUCCCGAUGCGAUAUCACCCCGUGGGCCUCCAUGGGUCUUGGGAAAGGUGUGCCGUCGAUGGAGGUCGAUUGUUAUUUAUCUCAAGCGUCUUUCAACGUCGUUACGACUCUCCCGCACAUUCCCGCUGCGUUUCGAACUCUUUCUAAGAUCAAUCGCGAAACCCGUCUGCCCAGUCCUCGAUGUCAUUUCUCCACAUAUGAACCAUUGCCAGUCUCUGAAGAUAACCACAACGGCAGACAACCUCCCCCUCCUUGACCAGGCAUUUCGAGGUACAAGCUGCAGCAUGCGAAGCCUCGCCAUUUCUCUCCUUGGAACAUCUGACACCUUUUCGGAUUAUCAGUCCCUUUCCACCUUCCAGCGUUCACUGAAUAUUCGAGAUUUGCGAUUUCAUGGGCCCGGCUUCUCCCGGUCCCACCUCACAAGUAGCCCCUUUAUGCAUUCUUGGCUUAGAAUUCCAUGGGGCAACUUGACGAGCUUUGUUGGUGGUCACCUGCAAGUGCAGUUUCUUGGAUCACUUAACGCUGCCGUCCUUGGGUACGCUGUCGAUACCCCUAGCUCCUGGAGUUACAGUAGGGUCCAUUACAUCUUUUUUUGCAAGAUCCUCCUGCUCGCUCUCCACCCUAAAGUUUACAGGGGUGCUCUCAACGACAUGGUCCCUCUCCUGGCUUCCCUCGCAAAGGCACCAUUGACGAACUUGAUUCUUGACUUCGACUGGGAGACUUCUCUUGAUGUGAUCCAUCUUGAUUUUCUGAUAGGACAGCCCUUGGGAGAGCUGCCUUUCCUUCCCCAUCUCCAGCAUAUUACCAUGAGUUACCCUGACUCAGAGCCACAGCCGAGCUCGAGGUCCUUCAACCGACUGAUUGAAUGCCGGUUACAUCUGUCCAGAACACUGGGUACAAAGCCUUUGGAAACGGUUACUUUGAGAUGUGCAGACUUGAGGACAGCUAGAGCGAUCUUCAAUGACCUAGAAGGCUGGCAGGACAAUUCUCUUCGGCAUGGGCAGGUGCCGUAUACCAAGAUUAGUGACUGGUUGCGGGUAUUCCGAAAGACGCUUGGGCGUCAACCGACGCUGCUUGAGAAUAAGAGAGAGACCCGGCUGCAUGAAGUUUUCCUCGAGAUUGAGCAGUGCGAUUACCUUAACAUCUCGCCCAUGUUCAUCCACAGAUCUACGAUAUGCGAUUACCUACGCCAUAUCACCGAACUACCCGAUACAAGCUUUGGGAAAGAGGAGCAGUAUCAACUCCGUCAGCGUGCGAGUAUUAUUAUAAAGCGUUGGAAAGAUGUCUUGAGAGAAUAUCUUGGCCACCCGGGUUGGAGUAUGAGGAAGCAGGAUGAUCCAUCUGGGUUUAGUGGCAGUCGACGCCGGGAGAGCGUCAAGGUCUUCGCUGAUGGUUGUUUGCCGAUAUUUGGCUGCAAUUUGGCCGAGCCCUACAACUCUCUACAACUACCCUACACUGAAUCAACAUUAAUCAACCAUCGAGGAUACUGCAAUGUCUCUUGGCCAUCUCAAGUGCCGCACUUGCGAUUUCCCACUGAACUUCUGGAGGAAAUAUUCUUGCUUUGUGUCAGGUCAUGUUCUAAUGCGAUGUCAUCCCGUGGGCCUCCAUGGGUCUUGGGAAAGCUGUGGAGUGUAAUACCUCUUCUAAGCAGUUCGACUGGUACUACAUCAGACGACAGUGGCUAUCUCAAGCGUCUUUCAACGUCGUUACGACUCUCCCGCACGUUCCCGCUGCAUUUCGAACUCUCACUAAUAUCAAACACAGAGCUCGCCCGUCCAGUCUUCAAUGUCAUUUAUCCGUAUAUGAACCAUUGGGUAGAACAUCUCCCCCUCCUUGACCAGGCAUUCCGAGGUACAACCUGCAGCAUACGAAGCCUCGCCAUCUCUCUCCGUGAUACCUCUACCUUUUCGGAUUAUCAGUCCCUUUCCACCUUCCAGCUUUCACCGAAUAUUCGAGAUUUGCGAUUUAGUGCGCCCAGCUUGUCCUGGUUUUAUCUCACAGAUAGCCCCUCAAUGCAUUCUUGGCUUAAAAUCCCAUGGAGCAACUUGACGAGCUUUGUUGGUGAUCACCUGCAAGUGCAAUAUGUCACAGACUUGCUCCAUCAUGCCCCAUCAUUAGUUGAAUGCUCGUUCACCGGUUUAACUGACUCCGGAAUGAGCAACUUUAUGACUGUUGACCACGGCAGUCUGUGUUUACUUGAUUUGAGCAUCAGGGCUAACAUAUUAUCGUCAGGCUUCUUGGAUUAUUUAACACUGCCGUUCUUGGCUACGCUGUCGAUCCCCCUAGCUUCUGGAUGUACAGUAGGGUCCAUGACAUCUUUUUUUGCAAGAUCCUCCUGCUCGCUCUCCACCCUAAAAUUAACGGGGGUUGCUCUCAACGGGGUGGUCCCUCUCAUGGCUUCUCUCGAAAAGGCACCAUUGACGAACUUGAUUCUUGAGUUCGUCCGGGAGACUUCUAUUGAUGCGAUCCAUCUUGAUUUUCUGAUAGGACAGCCAUCGGGAGAAAAGCUGCCUUUCCUUCCCCAUCUCCAGCAUAUUACCAUUGCGUACCCCGGGCCUGACUCAGAGCCACAACCGGGCUCGAGGUCGUUUACUUCCCUCGACCAACUGAUUGAAUCCCGGUUAUAUCUGUCCAGAACGCUAGGUACCAAGCCUUUGGAAACGGUUACUUUGAGAUGUACAGACUUUUGGACAGCUAGAGCUAUCUUCGAUGAGGUAGAUGGCUGGCCGGACAACUCUCCACGGCAUGGGCAGGUGACGUAUCUCAAGAUCAGUGACUGGUUGCGGGUAUUCAAAAAUACACUUGAGCGUCAAUCGGCGCUGCUUGAGAAUAAGGGAGAGACCUCACUCCAUGAAGUUAUCCUCGAGAUUGAGCAGUGCGAUUACCUUAACAUCUCGCCCAUGUUCAUCCACAGGUUUACGAUAUGCGACCACCUACGCCGUAUCACCGAACUACCCGAUACGAGCUUUGAAAGAGAGGAUCGGUAUCAACUCCGUCAGCGUGCAAGUAUCAUUCUAAAGUGUUGGAAAGAUGUUUUGAGAGAAUAUCUUGGCCGCCCGGGUUGGAGUAUGAGGAAGCAGGAUGCUCCACUUGGGAUUAAGUAUGCCCUUUUCUACUCAACAGCUGGACGUGACUACCAUACCUUUCCGCCGUUCUAG